AUGACUAUUGUUGACGGCCUUUUCAUAAAGAUUCAUCGAUCUGAAAUCCAUAUGCCUCGUGUAAAAAGAAAUAUUCAUGUGGAUGUUUUAAUUACCGAUAUACCGAACGUUAAAACAUGUAGUGUCUUAUUUAUUGUGAACGGUGAAACGGCCAAAACAAUACGAAUUCAUGGACUUUUGUCAUGUGGUGGUGCAUCCGUACUCGGCGCACGAUUAAAACUUUACGAUGGAGCUGGGCUUAAGGAUGAUGGUACCACAGCAAAUCACUGGGAUGAAUUCCUGUUUCAAGUGAAAAAUAUAGACACAUCGGAGCUAUAUCUAACAAUUGAUCACCAUUGCGACGGAGGAAUUUUACAUAAGCAAUGCAUUCGAAAAGAUAAAUUGUUAUUCCAACAAAUUGCAAAGCAACGACUGAUCUAUCAUAUUGGAAUGCUGGAAUUACAAAAUACAACUGUAUCACAUCCAAAAGUAUUUCAUUAUAUUGAAAGUCAUAAUGGUUGUAAAUGUUACAAUCAGAAUUUAUUCCAAAACAAUUCCACCUUAUGCAUCAAUUAUAUCAAAAUGAACCAGAAAAAAGAGUCCUGA